AUGUCCGCAACUUAUAGUAAAGAAGAUCAGCAACACCCAGCCACUGCUAUCAUCGAUCAGGAUACCCCGCUGCUUUCGACCAGCCCCAGAUCCUACUCGAUCUUUAACCUUGAAGACCAAUUCCUAUUCUAUGAAAUCCGCACAGGCCAGUACCAUCACAACCCGGUCAACAUCAUCAUCCAUCUGAUCUGUGUCCCCCUCAUCUUCUUCACCACCCUCAUCCUCGUCCACCAGUUCUCCUUUUUCGGACAGACGAUUCUGGGCUCGGUGGGGCUCCCGGAGCUAGUUGUACGGACGGGAUGGUUUGGGGGAGAGGGGACGAUGUACGAGCUGAACAUGUCGACGAUAACGUCGAUAGGCUAUGCGGUAUACUUUAUAGCCCUAGAGCCUGUCGCGGGGGUGCUAUACAUGCCGAUCCUCCUCAGCUUCGGCCAUUGGUCCAACCUGCUCGUCCAGGCCUUCCCGCAGAGCUACUUCUAUCCCGUCCUGGCCGUCUGGGCAUUUAGUUGGAUCUUGCAGUUCGUCGGCCAUGGCCACUUCGAGAAACGCAAACCCGCCCUGCUCGAUAAUCUCUUCCAAUCCAUCGUCCUUGCCGUCUUCUUCGUCUGGAUCGAGGCCCUCUUCUUCCUCGGCUAUAAACCUAAACUCGCCGCUCAUAUCCAUCGCAAAAUCAACGCCGCCGUCGCUCAUUUUAAGGCCGCUGCUUCUGCCGCUCAGCUCCCUCAUACACCCCUG